CUCUCGCCCGUCUAACCCUCCGUCUUCUGUCCCUCGCAGCUCGGGACGGUGCCCCGUGUGUCUUCGGCGGGAUGGUGUACCGGAGCGGCGAGUCCUUCCAGAGCAGCUGCAAGUACCAGUGCACCUGUCUGGAUGGGGCGGUGGGCUGCGUGCCCCUCUGCAGCAUGGACGUCCGCCUGCCCAGCCCUGACUGCCCCUACCCACGCCGGGUGAAACUCCCUGGAAAGUGCUGUGAGGAGUGGGUCUGCGAUGAGGCCAAAGAGCAGACUGCCGUGGGACCUGCUCUCGCUGCUUACCGACUGGAAGAUACUUAUGGUCCAGACCCAACAAUGAUGCGCGCCAACUGCCUGGUGCAGACCACUGAAUGGAGUGCUUGCUCCAAGACCUGUGGCAUGGGCAUCUCAACCAGAGUCACCAAUGAUAAUGCCUUCUGCAGACUGGAGAAACAGAGCAGACUGUGCAUGGUCAGACCUUGCGAAGCAGACCUGGAGGAGAACAUCAAGAAAGGCAAAAAGUGCAUUCGCACCCCCAAAAUCUCCAAGCCUGUCAAGUUUGAGCUGUCUGGCUGCACCAGCGUGAAGACCUACAGAGCUAAGUUCUGUGGUGUCUGCACUGAUGGGCGCUGCUGCACACCCCACAGAACGGCCACCCUCCCCGUGGAGUUCAAGUGCCCUGACGGGGAGAUCAUGAAAAGGAAAAUGAUGUUCAUCAAGACCUGUGCGUGCCACUACAACUGCCCUGGAGACAAUGACAUCUUCGAGUCUCUGUACUACAGGAAGAUGUACGGAGAUAUGGCAUAAAGCCAGAAGGAGACGCUAACUAGAUUCUCAACUUGAACUGAUUUGCAUCUCAUUUUGUAAACAUGAUUCAAUAGCACAAGGUAUUUAAAUCAGUUUUUGUUUUUUAAUUUCAACAAACUGCUCCAUGUGACUUAAGACAAUUUUUCUACUGACCCCAAAUGGUGGUUUGAAGAAGAAGGUAAAACGGACAGUGGGACCACAGCAAGACACAGCUUCAGAACACGCUGUUUGUGAGGUGGUGUGAAGGGCUUAUGGGAAAUAGGCAGGAAAAGCAGAGUCAAGCAAAUGUUCCCUUAAUGUGGUACAGCAUGCUUCAUCUAGUAGUGCAAUUGAGAAGGAGACCAUUAGCAUGUUUGCUGGCACCGGUUUAGUGACAGCAAUAGCUGGAAGGCAAACCCUUGCCCAGCAAAGUGCUAAGUAGAAGGUGUUCUGUUAGUCAGGACAGUAACGUUUCAGCUCUUGACGCUCUGAUUCAUAUGGCUUGGUCAACAAGAAUCAGAAUCAUGUCUAUUAGACUGGACAGCUUGUGGCAGUUAAUUUACCUGUAACAAGCUACUUUUUAUUAAUAUUGUAAAUACUGUGUGUGUGUAUAUAUAUUUGUACAGUUAUCUAAAUUAAUUUAAAGUUUUGUGCCUUUGUUUAAUGCUUUGAAAUUUCAAUGAUAGCCUUCUUUUUUGGAACAAGAUAGGUAGGAUUUAAAGCUUGUCUGACAAUGCAUUCAAAGUGUGAAAUAGAUACUCUAGUGGAAAUUGUUCAGAUAGGGCCAAAUGGGGAGUUGAGAUCAAGAUGGAGAGUAUUAGAGUUCAGGUGCCUGUAUCCUUACAAAGCACUCAUCUGGCAAAAUAUGUUUACUUCUACUUUGUUGGACAAGUGGCUUUAAGAAAAAUGGCUCUUCUGUAGCUCAUCAGUCUUUCCACUCGAGCAUUUGUUUCUUUCUUUGACUAUGGCUCUUUUUGGAUGGUUUAUUUGUUGAGAAGUGUGACCAAAAGUUACAUGUUUGCACCUUUUUAGUUGAAAAUAAAGUAUUUAUAUUUUUUAUAUAAA